GCAGCCGGCGCGGCUCAGGGCCUCCGGACGGACGGCUCGGGACGGCCUCCGCCGAGAGGUUGUUUAUCCGCCGUCCAGUUGCCAGCCCCCGAUAGCCGCCGGUUGGACGUGUCCGUCCAGCGGCAGACUGCAGAGGGGCAGCGACCGACAUGGCCGUGCCGCUGCUGCCGCUGCUGGGCCUCCUCCUGCUGGCCGUACUGCUGGUGUGGGGCUGGCGGACCACCAGACGACCGGCGUGGGCACCUCACGGCCCUCCCCUGUUGCCGUGGGUGGGCAGCGCGCUGUCGUUUGACGUCGGUCACGGCCACUGGUCGUACAGCCGCUGGGCGGAGCGGUACGGCGGCAUCUACCACGUGCGGCUGGGGCCGCUGCACCAGGUGGUGCUCAGCAGGCCGGACCUGAUCCGCGAGGCGUUCGGUCGCAGCGAGGUGGCCGGCCGGCCCGACACGGCCCUCUCCGAGUUCGUCGUGCGCCGCCAGGGCCUGGCCUUCUCGGAGGGAGCGCUGUGGCAGUACGCGCGGCGGCUCACCCUGCACCACCUGCGCAACUUCGGCAUGGGCAAGUCCAGGAUAGAGACCUACAUCCACCAUCAGAUCAAAGGCUACAUGGAUCAGUUCCUGACGCCCAACAUCGGAAGAGCCGUAGAAAUUGAUCAAACGCUCAACGUCGCGGUGGUCAACAUCCUCUGGAAGCUGAUGGCCUCGGAGGAGCUGGACAUCACCGACCACAAGAUCCAGAACAUGAUACAGGAGAUGAUGGAGGGCGUCAACUACGCGGCCAAGCUCGUCAUACUGGAUGUCUACCCGUGGCUGAGAGCGAUCCUCCCAGAGUUCGUAUUCAACAGGGCGAAAAAGGAAAGAGAAUUCGGUGAGACGGUUCGUCAGGCAUUUACGCCAGCUUUGGAGGAGCAUCGAAAGGAGCUGAAUGUGAACGGUGAGCCGCGGGACUACAUGGAGGCCAUGUUGCAAGAGCAGCACCACCACCCGGAGAGCAUGACCGACUGGCACCUGCUCAUGUGCCUCCGCGGCCUCUUCAUCGCCGGCAACGACACGACGGCCAACACGCUGCGCUGGGCGCUGGGCUUCCUCUGCCAGCGGCCGGACGUGCAGCGCCGGCUGCAAGGCGAGCUGGACUCGGAGGUGGGCCGCCAGCGGCCGCCGACACUGGCCGACCGGCAGCGGCUGCCCUUCACCGAGGCCGUCAUCCUGGAGACGCAGCGGCUGGCCAAUGUGGCGCCGGUACUGGUGCCGCACCAGACCACGGCGCCCGUCACCGUGGGAGGCUACCACCUCCCGGCCGGAGUACAGGUGAUCGGGAACGCCUACUCGGUGCACUGCAGCGCCGAACUCUUUCCCGAGCCGUUUCAGUUCCGGCCCGAGAGGUUCGUCGAUGCGCAGGGACAGUUCAAGCCGGACAGAAACGUGAUGCCGUUCUCAGUCGGCAAGCGGCAGUGUCUCGGGGAGGCGAUGGCGCGUGCCGAGCUGUUCCUCUUUCUGACAGGACUCCUGCAGAACUUCUCGUUCGCCUGGCCGGAGGGAGAGACCCACGAUUUCUUGGAGGAUGUAAAAAAUCCUUCAUUCGUUCUGAAGCCGGCACCGUAUAAGGUCGUGCCAAGUCAGCGCUGAGCCCAGCCAAUUGUGAUGUUUGUCUGCAAACGCCAAUACACUGUUUGUAUGAAA